AUAAAAUCCCUCAGCUCGACACAACACAUGCAUCUAUGGACAUUGAUCUCAUUGGGAUUGCCAAGAAUAACAAUAAAACAGGAUCGGGAUCAGCUGCUGUGGCGUUCAUGAGCUACACCACAAUGGAGAAUCUACUGAAGGCAGAAUUCUUCAACACAUCAGAUGACACAUCAGUUAAAACCAUGAUGUCCACUGUCAUCUCAGCUACUCUUCCAAAAACCACCAACAGACAGCUCACAAAACCAGUCAACUUCACCCUCAAACACAUCCGAGAGCUUGUGUCUGGAGGGAGUGUGUGGUGUGUGUACUGGAACAUGACUGAGUGGACUGUAGAUGGUUGUUGUGUUUUAGACACAAACAGCAGCUACACUGUGUGUUCAUGUGUUCAUCUGUCAACAUUCGCUCUCAUCAUGCAAACCAGCAGCACACCAGCAGAGGAUGAUCAUCUGAUGGAAGUGUUGAAUUUGGUGGCUGUGUCGGUGGGUCUGGUGUUUAAUAGUUUGGCUCUGUUGACUUUUGCUUUCUGUCGAUGGAAACCUGGAGUGAACAAUGUGGCUCGAAUCAACCUCUGCAUCAGUCUGCUGUCGGCUCAUCUUCUGUUCUUCCUCACACAACACUUCCUCACACACAUCAGACCUCUUCAGGUGUUGUGUGGUGUGCUGUCAGGAUUUCUUCACUUUCUCUUUCUCUCCUGCUUUGUGUGGAUGUUCAUUGAAGCUGUGCUGCUCUACAUCUGCGUGAAGAACCUAUCACAGAUCAGCUCCAGACAGAGGGCGGUGCUUAGCAGCAGAUUCUUGAUUGUGAUUGGAUAUGUGAUUGCUCUGGUUAUAGUGGGUGUGUCUGUUGGAUUGGUUCCUGACGGCUAUGGCAGUGACGAAUGCUGGAUUAAAGUGGAGAAAGGCUUCAUCUGGAGUUUUCUGGGACCUGUUUGCUUCAUUCUCGCGAUAAACUCGAUUCUCUUCAUCAGAAUCAUCAUCAGUCUGAACUCAACUCUCACAAAGCUGAACGCUGAAGUUUCACGGAUGAAAUAAACCAAGAUUAUGGUUUUUAAAACACUGGCUCAGUUUGUGGUUCUUGGUUGUCCCUGGAUUCUGGGUUUCUUCACUAAAGACAGUAAGAUGAUGGAGAUUCUCUUCCUGAUCCUGAACUCACAGCAAGGAACCUUCAUCUUCCUGAUCUACUGUCUCCUCAAUAAUGAGGUCAGACAGCAGUAUGUUAAGUGGAUGAGAUGUCUCUUUUGACUCAAAUCAAAAUCAUAAAGAUUUUAUUCAGUAAGGCAAAAAUAGCACUGUGGC